AUGAAGGCUGCACUUAAUUUGGCACUUGAUAUAGGUUGUAAAGAUGAGCUUGUUGAUAUAAUAAGUGGUUUUAUUGAUCAGAAGAAAACUAGUUUGAAUAGUAAAAACUAUGAAAACUAUGAAAAUUUCAAUUCUAAUGAAAUUGAUAGUAGUAUUUCUACUAGAACAACUCAAGGCAUGAAAGAAAAUACUAAAUGGAAAUAUGUUUGUAAUACAUGUAGGAAGCUUAGUCACAAUUCUCAAAA